AGGCGUUCCGUCCUAUGCGCGCUCCCGGGUUGGCUCGGAGGUUGUAACCGACUAACGGAAUUAGAACAUUGACAGAGCUCCGGUUUCAUCCAUCUUCUGAAGUUCAGUUCGGAGGUUCGGGUUGGAGACGGUUUGGGGUGAUUUGGGUUUGAAAGUUUAGUGUUAACCGAAUAAACAGCCAUGGAGGCUCGUGGAGUUCUCUCCGUUCUGUGCGUCGGUGCGAUGUUUGCCGUGGCGCUCGCACAGCAGACCGACAGACCCAAGUUCUGGGAGUGUCCGGUGGACCUGUUCUUUGUGCUGGACACGUCUGAGAGUGUUGCUCUGAGGGCCAAACCUCCCAACUUCUACAUCGACCAGAUCAAGAGCUUUACUGAACGCUUCAUCAUGGAGCUCAAGGAGAUGCGCCACCCAUGUGACCGGUCCCUGACAUGGAACUCUGGAGCGCUGCACUACUCUGAUGAGAUCAUCUUAGUGCGCCAGCUGAGUGACAUCGCCACCGAGCGACAGGCGCUCAUCAGUGACAUCAAGGGCAUCAGCUACAUCGGCAAGGGAACACACACUGACUGUGCCAUCAAGAGAGGCAUCGCUGAGCUGCUCAUAGGGGGCUCCCACUACCAGGAGAAUAAGUACAUCGUCGUGGUGACGGACGGUCAUCCUCUAACAGGUUACAAGGAGCCCUGUGGGGGGUUACAGGAAGCUGCCAAUGAGGCCAGGCAACACGGGGUUAAAGUCUUCUCUGUCGCCAUAUCACCUGACCAGGAGGACACCAGACUGUCAGUGAUUGCUACAGACCAGAACUACAGACAGAACUUCACAGCAGCUGACAACAGCAGAUCCACCCAGCUACAGACCAUUCACAGCAUCAUAGAUAUGAUCACCAAUGAGACCAAGGAUGUGUGCUGUUCUUUUGACUGCAAUGCUAAAGGAGGUCCCAAAGGACCAGUAGGAGACCUCGGGUCCAAGGGUGAAACAGGUAGACAGGGGAUGCCAGGCGAGAAGGGCGACAUCGGGGUAGAUGGGAACUUGGGAGACCCCGGUCCCGUAGGAUACCGUGGAAUGAAGGGCGACCGAGGUGGAAUAGGCAACAAGGGCGAGAGAGGCCAUAAAGGCUACAAGGGAGACAAAGGACAACAGGGGACAGAUGGAGUUGAUGGACGUAAGGGUGAUCCAGGGUUUCCUGGUCUAGCCGGCUGUAAAGGUUCCCCAGGACCUGACGGCUCACAAGGAGACGGAGGUCCUAAGGGAGAUCCUGGUCCAUACGGAACCAAAGGAGCUAAGGGUGAUCGGGGGAAAAACGGAGAACCAGGACGACCCGGUAACUACGGACCGCCCGGAACCAAGGGUACACUGGGCCCAAAAGGAGCCAAUGGGGACAAAGGACAGCGGGGUGAUGAUGGAGCACCUGGACCGGACGGCCUCCGAGGAGACCAAGGAACCCCAGGAGAGAAAGGAGAACAAGGAACCCGUGGAAACAGAGGACCAAGAGGAGAUUUGGGUGACCCAGGACCUCGUGGAGAUCAGGGUAGAGAGGGUUCAUCUGGAGCCAAUGGAGAGCCUGGUGACAUCGGCAGGGCGGGGUCUCCAGGAUACAGAGGAGAUGAGGGCGCCCCCGGGCCAGAGGGCCCCAAAGGACCAAGAGGGAUCAAAGGAGCUCCCGGAGACAGAGGCCAGAUCGGAGCGAGGGGAGAAGAUGGUGCACCUGGAAAUGGAACUGAGGGUUGUCAUGGUUUCCAGGGUUACCCCGGCCCACGAGGAGGUACUGGAGAGCCGGGUGGAAAGGGAACCCCAGGACCUAAAGGAGAUGACGGAGAGCCUGGAGACGCUGGCCUGGACAACAACUCCCCAGGACUCCCAGGGAACAAAGGAGGCAAAGGACACAGAGGACCUGAAGGAAACCCUGGACCAGUCGGGCCUCCGGGACCUGCAGGAGCUGAUGAAUGUGAGAUUCUGGAUAUCAUCAUGAAGCUUUGCUCAUGCUGUGAGUGUAAGUGUGGGCCCCUGGACUUGGCCUUCAUCGUGGACAGUUCUGAGAGUAUCGGCUCCACUAACUUCGCUCUAGCUAAAGACUUCAUCAUCACGGUCAUAGACCGCCUUAUUAAGGACCAGCAAGUCCAUUUUGGUUUUAAUGAGUCCAGGGUAGGCGUGGUGCAGUACAGUGGGGAUGGAGCCCAGGAGGCUGUCAGACUGGGAGACCCCAACAUUAACACACUCACUGAGCUCAAACAGGCGGUGCGGGACCUGCGCUGGCUGGCUGAGGCCACCUAUACAGGGGAGGCUCUGCAGUUCUCUCUGACCAACAUGAUUGACCGUCUGCAGCAGGAGAACCGCGUGGUCCUAGUGCUCACUGACGGACGCUCUGAUAUCACCAGAGAUAAAACACCGCUCAACACACUCUGUGGGAAGGGUAUCAAGGUGGGAGGUCUGGGAGUGAAGGACUACUCUGGCCGUCAGCCCAACCAUGAACAGCUCAGUGCUGUGGUCUGUACGAGUGACCCUAAACCAGGCUUCUCCUUCGUACUGGAGAACUUCGCUGAGCUGCUGGAUGACAGCUUCUUACAGAACCUCACCACACGCAUCUGUGAAGAUAAGAAGUGUCCCAACUACAAAUGUCCCAUCUCCUUCUCAGGGGACACAGACAUCGUGUUGAUGAUGGACAGUUCAACCAGUGUGGGACAGAGGAACUUUGACUCCAGCAAGACCUUCGUCAAGCGUCUGGCUGAGCGCUUCCUGUCUGCUGAGAGGUCCGGCCGUGCUGCCGUGCGUGUCGCCGUGGGCCAGUACAGCCGUGAACGCCGCAUGGAGGAGGAGCUGACCUCUAACCUCACCCUGCUGACCAGUAAGAUUGAGGCCGCCACCUUCCAGAAUGAUGGGACUGACGUUACUAAGGCGAUGGCCUUCGCCAUGGAGCAAUUCAAGACAUCAGGUGGCAGGAAGAGGAAGCUAGUGCUGUUCUCUGACGGGAGAUCUCAGGGCGUUACCGAGGCGAUGCUGGAGAAGCGCGUACGGCUGGUGUCAGAGGCGGGAGUGGAGCUGUACGUUAUCACCGUGGGCAACCAGGUGAGCGAGGCCAACCUGCGCUCGCUGGUCAGCAGGGGGAGGAGUUACGACGUCACCUACGCCCAGCGCCACCUGUUCCGCGUCCCAGACUACCCGUCUCUGCUGCGUGGCGUGUUCUACCAGACCGUGUCCCGCAGGGUCUCCCAGGCCUGAGUUCAGGGGCAAGGGCUGGGACCACAUGCUUUAGAGUUUAGUCUCCCUCAUUAUGAAUAUCCAUUCAUAUUUCAUCACUCAUUUACUGUGUUUUAGUUGGGUUUUUACGUCCGAUAAUGACAGAAGACAAUUGUGUCUCAGACUGUGUAAGAGAUUGUGUUAGACUGCAUUCAUGUGCUCUCAGAAUUAUCAAGAAAAAUCCCAAGCGGAAAACUACUGAAAACCUCUUGGAACAGAAACUAGUUUCAGACGUCUGUUAUGAGCUUCCAUGUUGUAACAUCUUCCUGUCAGACUGUUCCAUAAUUCCCAGUCAGGCUGUUCCCAGUUCCAUAAUUCCCUGUCAGGCUGUUCCCAGUUCCAUAAUUCCCAGUCAGACUGUUCCCAGUUCCAUAAUUCCCAGUCAGACUUUUCCUUGUCCAUAAUUCCCAGUCAGACUAUUCCUUGUCCAUAAUUCCCAGUCAGACUGUUCCCAGUUCCAUAAUUCCCAGUCAGACUGUUCCCAGUUCCAUAAUUCCCAGUCAGGCUGUUCCCAGUUCCAUAAUUCCCAGUCAGGCUGUUCCCAGUUCCAUAAUUCCCAGUCAGGCUGUUCCCAGUUCCAUAAUUCCCAGUCAGACUGUUCCCAGUUCCAUAAUUCCCAGUCAGACUGUUCCCAGUUCCAUAAUUCCCAGUCAGACUGUUUCCAGUUCCAUAAUUCCCUGUCAGACUGUUCCCAGUUCCAUAAUUCCCUGUCAGACUGUUCCCAGUUCCAUAAUUCCCAGUCAGAUUGUUCCCAGUUCCAUAAUUCCCAGUCAGAUUGUUCCCAGUUCCAUAAUUCUCUGUCAUACUGUUCCCAGUUCCAUAAUUCUGAGCAGCACAUGAACGCAGCAUUAGACAGAAACGUUACUGUAAAGGAAUGGUCGUUGUUGUUUGUAGAUCAGAGACAGGACAGGAUAUGACAUCACUACAUCUUUUUUAAACAUCAAAGUUAAACAUUAAACAUCCUCCCUGCAGACAACCUGGUCCUAAUGAAGAACAGCUGGACACGGACUGUUUGCGCACGCGUGUGCGUGUGUGUGUGUGUGCAACCAGUGGAAUGGUCUCUAUAAUGUGCUAUACAUCAUGUGGGAGUUCCUCAUAAACAGUUUGUCUGAGGUCGCAUGUUCAGAUGCCUCACAAGUACACAAACAUGCAACCAGACACACACACACACACACACAACCAUACACACACAACCAAACUCAGACAGGAAAACAUCUAUUACCAUGUUUGCACCGCCAACCCUGAUGAGGUAAAGAAACCCUGAAUGGUUUAUGUCUCCCUGUGACCCCUCUCUCUCUCUCUCUCUCUCUCUCUCUCUCUCUCCCCCUCUCUCUCUCUCUCACACACACACUCAUUCCUCUCUGCAUCAGCCUGAUGAACCAUAACCCUUUGAAGGCUCCUUUAAAGUUCCAAGUAACAGUUUCAGAUUAAUGGGCCAGUUCCUCAGUGUCAGCAUGUGUGAACAUGUAACUCAGUGGAUCAUGGUGCCAGUUGACCGCUGUAGCGGUGAAUGGUGCCAGUUGACUGCUGUAGCAGUGAAUCGUGCUAGUUGACCGCUGUAGCAGUGAAUGGUGCCAGUUGACCGCUGUAGUAGUGAAUGGUGCUAGUUGACCGCUGUAGUAGUGAAUGGUGCUAGUUGACCGCUGUAGCAGUGAAUGGUGCCAGUUGACCGCUGUAGCAGUGAAUGGUGCCAGUUGACCGCUGUAGCAGUGAAUGGUGCCAGUUGACCGCUGUAGCAGUGAAUGGUGCCAGUUGACCGCUGUAGCAGUGAAUGGUGCUAGUUGACCGCUGUAGCAGUGAAUGGUGCCAGUGACUGCUGUAGCAGUGAAUGGUGCCAGUUGAACGCUGUAGUAGUGAAUGGUGCCAGUUGACCGCUGUAGCAGUGAAUGGUUGACUGCUGUAGCAGUGAAUGGUGCCAGUUGACCGCUGUAGCAGUGAAUGGUGCCAGUUGACCGCUGUAGCAGUGAAUGGUGCCAGUUGACCGCUGUAGCAGUGAAUGGUGCCAGUUGACCGCUCUAGCAGUGAAUGGUGCCAGUUGACCGCUCUAGCAGUGAAUGGUGCCAGUUGACCGCUGUAGCAGUGAAUGGUGCCAGUUGACCGCUCUAGCAGUGAAUGGUGCCAGUUGACCGCUCUAGCAGUGAAUGGUGCCAGUUGACCGCUCUAGCAGUGAAUGGUGCCAGUUGACCGCUCUAGCAGUGAAUGGUGCCAGUUGACCGCUCUAGCAGUGAAUGGUGCCAGUUGACCGCUCUAGCAGUGAAUGGUGCCAGUUGACCGCUGUAGCAGUAAAUGGUGCCAGUUGACCGCUGUAGCAGUGAAUGGUGCCAGUUGACCGCUGUAGCAGUGAAUGGUGCCAGUUGACCGCUCUAGCAGUGAAUGGUGCCAGUUGACCGCUCUAGCAGUGAAUGGUGCCAGUUGACCGCUCUAGCAGUGAAUGGUGCCAGUUGACCGCUCUAGCAGUGAAUGGUGCCAGUUGACCGCUGUAGCAGUGAAUGGUGCCAGUUGACCGCUGUAGCAGUAAAUGGUGCCAGUUGACCGCUGUAGCAGUGAAUGGUGCCAGUUGACCGCUGUAGCAGUGAAUGGUGCCAGUUGACCGCUGUAGCAGUGAAUGGUGCCAGUUGACCUCUGUAGCAGUGAAUGGUGCCAGUUGACCGCUGUAGCAGUGAAUGGUGCCAGUUGACCGCUGUAGCAGUAAAUGGUGCCAGUUGACCGCUGUAGCAGUGAAUGGUGCCAGUUGACCUCUGUAGCAGUGAAUGGUGCCAGUUGACCGCUCUAGCAGUGAAUGGUGCCAGUUGACCGCUGUAGCAGUAAAUGGUGCCAGUUGACCGCUGUAGCAGUGAAUGGUGCCAGUUGACCGCUGUAGCAGUGAAUGGUGCCAGUUGACCGCUGUAGCAGUGAAUGGUGCCAGUUGACCUCUGUAGCAGUGGGCAACAGCCUACUGAUGGUAUUUUGAUCUGAAACCAAACCAGCUGCCAGACAGGCUGCUAGAACACAUCUGAUUCAUUAAAGGCCUCAACCAA